CGUCACUAGAAGAAGGUUGGGAAGCUGACAGAAGCGAGCAUUUGUGGAAGGAAAUCGCCAUCAGGACCUUAAACCUGUUUCACAGCGAGAGUACAAACUUCUACAAAAUAAAAGCAGAUGGCGCAGUGGUGCCAGCUUCAGAUGCUGGAGUGUAAGUACCUGGAGCAGGUGGACCAGCUGUAUGAUGACUCGUUCCCCAUGGACAUCCGGCAGUACCUGAGCAGGUGGAUCGAGAGCAUCGACUGGGACACGGUGGCCAUGCAGGACUCGCUGGCCACCAUCCGCUUCCACGACCUGCUGGCUCAGCUGGACGACCAGCACAGCCGCUUCGCUCUGGAGAGCAACUUCCUGCAGCAGCACAACUUUCGCAAGAUCAAGAGGAACCUGCAGGACCGGUUCCAGGAGGACCCCGUCACCAUGGCGAUGAUCAUCUCCAGGAACCUGAAGGAGGAGCAGAAAAUCCUGGCCUGCGCUAAAGAGGCGGAGGCGGAAGGAGAAGGACCGGUGUCGGCCAUGGUGGUGGAGAAGCAGAAGCUGGACAACAAAGUCAAGGAUCUGAAGGAUAAAGUUCAGUUCCUGGACCAGCUGCUGAAGAACUUGGAGGACCUUCAGGACGAGUACGACUUCAAGAUGAACACCCUGAAGAACAGAGAGAACGAGCUGAACGGCAUCUCAGCCAAAGAGCUGGAGAAGGAGAAGUUCCACACGGCCCGGAUGUGCAUGGAGCUGAAGCAGAAACGCCACGACGUGGUUACCUUUCUGACGGAGCUGCUGAACCUGACCCAGAACCUGAUCCAGGACCUGAUCUCUGAGGAGCUGCCGGAGUGGAAGCAGCGGCAGCAGAUCGCCUGCAUCGGCGGCCCGCCCAACGCCUGCGUGGACCAGCUGCAGAACUGGUUCACCGCCGUAGCCGAGGCUCUGCAGCAGGUCCGACAGCACCUGAAGAAGAUGCUGGAGCUGGAGCAGAAGUUCACCUAUGAAAACGACCCCAUCCCUCAGAAGAAGGCUCACCUGGAGAACCGGGCCCUGGAGCUCCUCAAGAACCUCCUCUCCAGCUCGUUGGUGGUGGAGCGGCAGCCCUGCAUGCCCACCCACCCUCAGAGGCCACUGGUGCUGAAGACGGGGGUCCAGUUCACCGUGAAGCUGCGGUUCCUGGUGAAGCUUCAUGAGUUCAACUACCAGCUUAAAGUCAAAGCCGUGUUCGAUAAGGACGUGACCGAGAAGAAAGGGUUCAGGAAGUUCAACAUCCUGGGAACCAACACCAAAGUGAUGAACAUGGAGGAGUCCAACGGCAGCCUGGCUGCAGAGUUCAGACAUCUGCAACUGAAGGAGCAGAAGCUGGCGGGAAACAGAACCAAUGAGGGCCCGCUCAUCGUAACCGAGGAGCUCCACUCCCUCAGCUUCGAGUCGGAGCUGCACCUGAACCAGUCCGGGCUCUACAUCAAACUGGAGGCCAUGGCUCUGCCCCUCGUCGUCAUCUCCAACGUCUGCCAGCUGCCCAGCGGCUGGGCCUCCAUCCUCUGGUACAACACGCUCACUACAGAACCCAAAAACCUCAAGUUCUUCCUCUCCCCGCCGGCCGCCAAGUGGUCCCAGCUGUCCGAGAUCCUCAGCUGGCAGUUCUCGUCCGUCACCAAGCGAGGCCUGAACCAGGAGCAGCUCAACAUGCUGGCAGACAAGCUACUGGGAGCCAAAGCUCAGCGGAAUCCGGACGGGUUGAUCCCCUGGACCAAAUUCUGCAAGCAGAGCGCCAAUGAGAAAUCCUUCCCCUUCUGGCUGUGGAUCGAAGGAAUCCUGGACCUGAUCAAGAGACAUCUGCUGUCUCUGUGGAACGACGGCUGCAUCAUGGGUUUCAUCAGCAAGGAGAGGGAGAAGGCCCUGCUGAGCGACAAGUGUCCCGGGACCUUCCUGCUGAGGUUCAGUGAGAGCAGCAAAGAGGGCGCCAUCACCUUCACCUGGAUCGAGCACGACGUCCACGACAAACCCGUUUAUCACUCGGUGGAGCCGUACACUAAGAAGGAGCUGACGGCCGUGUCGCUGCCGGACAUCAUCCGUACCUACAAGGUGAUGGCUGCGGAGAACAUCCCGGAGAACCCGCUGCGCUUCCUCUACCCCGACGUCCCCAAAGACAAGGCCUUUGGGAAGUACUACCCCAAACCCUCAGAAACUCAAGAGCCGAUGGACGUGGAGAGCACGGAGCCCAACGGCUACAUGAAGACGGAGCUCAUAUCUGUUUCUGAAGUACAUCCGUCCAGACUGCAGGACAACAUGAUGCCCCUGUCUCCUGACAACUACAAGGCCUUGGAGCGCUACGUCAGCCCCAGAGACAUCGACGCCGUGAUGGAUCUUCAGGGCUUUGAUCCUCAGGAACAAGACAUGAGCUGCACCUUGAGUCUUUAUGCGACCUCUAACCUUCCCUAAAACCCGCUGUAGAUAUGACAGACUUUCCAGAUGAAAACUGACGUCUCAGUCGAACUCUGCUGAUGGUUCUGAGCCCGUAUCUCUCCCCAUGGUUCUGCCCGGCCCGGCCCGGUUUGCCCUGCAUGUUGGGUUUCUAUAGUUAGCUGAACUAACCUCCAUCACUCUGCUGACAGAAAGAAAAACUUUCCAUUCCUGCUUGUUUCUGUGACUCUGCAGCCUUGUUGGGUUUUAAUCUUUGGUUCUGAACUUCUGGACCGGAUCACAAAUUAUGCUAAAGUGUCUUGAAGUCUAUUUAUGUAAAUGUGAGAAAUAAAUCUUUUUUA